AUGGAUAAUGUGGCACCAUCUAUCGUAUUGAGAAAUUAGUUGAAAAAUGUGGCCCAAUAUUUUUACAUAGAAAACACCUUUGUUAGUGCUCGAGGCAUUGAAGGUUACAUGUUGAGAAUUGUUUGUACACACAUUUGAUUUUUGAUUUAUCCAACGCUUUCAAUGAUUUCGAAAUUUCUCAGAUUAACACCAUUAUCAUUACAAACAUCAUCAUCGAAUUCUAGACAUUUAUUUUAUUGGCUAAAUAAUAUUUUCAACGCAGUUGAUAGGAAAAAAAUCGAAGAAUUAGGACCAGAUCGAGCUGCAGCAGAAUGGUUAAUAAGAAAUGGUGCUUCGGUUAUAUGGUCAUCACAAAUUGAUUCUCAUAAUUUUAAUGAUUAUGAACGAUUAAUGACCAAGCCGAAUGAAUUUUGUGGCAAUCAUAUAAUUGGUAUCGAUGCCACUGAAUCAAGUAUUAAUUAUGUUGGAUUUGAAUAUCUUCGCCAAUUGAAACACUUGUCACGAAUCAUAUUCAAUGAAACAAAAUAUCUGAAUGAUAAAGCAUUGAUAAUGUUGUGUGAAUAUCAGCUUGAUCAACUACGACAUUUGGAAAUAAGAAAUUGUUACAAUGUAACCGAUAUUGGUAUUCAAGCAUUGAAAGAAUUAAGAUCACUUCAACAUUUGAAAUUGGAAAAUUUGCCUUCGGUCGACAAUCGAACAAUAUGCCAUGGAAUAUUGAAAAAAUCAUUACAUCCAUCAUGCCGUAUCGAAUGGAAUUGAUGGAUAUCAUUAUCAUAUAUAAAUCCGUGUGGUUAACAUUAGGAAAACAACACCAAAACCAAUAAACAAUGAUGACAAUGAUGAUAUGAAUAA